UAUAGAACUCUACAGUCUCUAAUAUUAUAGAACUCUACAGCGUCGAGGAUAAUGUACGGUUUCCUACUGCUGGUCACCCUGGUGGUGUCCUGCCUGAUGCUGGCCCCGGGGAUCCAGGACUGGCUAACCAAGCUCCCAUUCUGUGAGGAGUCACAUUCAGUGACCUCAGCUAUGAUGCAGAAAAUGGCUGACCUAGGGGUAACUAGUGUUCAAAUCAAAUGCGAUGAUGCAAUUGGAUACCUUGCUGUGUACAGGAUAUGCUUCGUCGUGACUCUGUUCUUCCUGGUGAUGGCCGUUCUCAUGCUGAAGGUCAAGACAUCCAGGGAUCCCCGAGCUGGAUUACAAAAUGGAUUCUGGGGAGUGAAGUAUCUUCUUAUCAUCGGAGGAUGUAUUGGCGCGUUCUUUAUUCCUCACGGUGGGUUCGGACCCACUUGGAUGUAUGUUGGACUUAUUGGAGGCAUGCUCUUCAUUAUCAUACAACUUGUGCUUAUCAUCGACUUCGCGCAUUCUUGGGCUGAAUCAUGGCAGGCGGAGUACUCGGCUUCUCAGGAUCAGCGUUGGUUCUACGCACUUCUGGCCUUCACCGGUGUUUUCUACCUCGCAACCUUCAUCUCCAUCAUCCUAGCCUACUCAUACUAUACUGGAACUGUACAUGGACAAUGUAAACUGCAUGAGUUCUUUAUCUCCUUGAAUAUGCUCCUCUGCAUUAUCCUCUCUAUAACUUCAGUUCUACCAAUUGUACAGGAACAUCAACCUAACUCUGGUCUACUCCAGUCCAGCUUCGUGUCUCUGUACAUCAUCUACCUUACCUGGUCCGCCAUGUCCAACCAACCUGACCCAGGUUGUAAACCGGAUCUGGCUGAGCUUGUGUUCGGGAAUAAAACCCAGACCAACACCGAGGGCGAGGAUGGAAGUAGUCCUAGUAUGGAUACUGCCGGUAUCAUUGGGUUGAUUGUUUGGUUCUGCUGUGUACUCUACUCUAGCAUUAGGACUAGUUCUACUGAGCAGGCUGCUAGACUAACUAUGACGGAUACUAUUCAUCUGACCGACCCUGAGAGUAGUUCAGUAAAUGAGGGAGAAUCUUCAGGUUCCUCUGACUCCGAGCAUGAUGGAGUCCACUACUCCUGGUCAAUGUUCCACCUGAUGUUCGCCCUGGCUACCCUCUACGUCAUGAUGACCCUUACCAACUGGUAUGCUCCUGGGAAGGAUAUCUCUAUAGAAACUAUCUCCUCCAACAUGUCAGCUGUCUGGGUGAAGAUUAUUUCAUCUUGGUUCUGCUUCGCGAUCUACAUGUGGACUUUGGUAGCUCCUGCAGUCCUUCAAGAUAGAGAUUUUUCUUAAACCUUGAACCUAGAUACUACUGUAGCUCCAAUAGUCCUUCAAGAUAGAGAUUUCUCUUAAACCUUGAACCUAGAUACUACAGUAGCUCCUGCAGUCCUACAAGAUAGAGAUUUCUCUUAAACCUUGAACCUAGAUACUACAGUAGCUCCUGCAGUCCUUCAAGAUAGAGAUUUCUCUUAAACCUUGAACCUAGAUACUACAGUAGCUCCUGCAGUCCUACAAGAUAGAGAUUUCUCCUAAACCUGAACCUAUAUACUACUGUAACUCCAGUAGCACUUCAUGAUAGAGAUUUCUCCUAAACCUGAACCUAUAUACUACUGUAACUCCAGUAGCACUUCAUGAUAGAUAUGCCUAGAAUGGGCCUAUAAUGUUCCUUUAAAACAUCCUAUUUAUCUAACUGGAAAGAGAAAAUUGCCAAGAUUCAUCCUAUGUUGAAUAUUCAUUCUUAUAUAAAUUAUAGUUUAAUUUCGCGUAUCAAAUCAAAAUCAUCAUAGUUUAACAAUUUUUAUAAUUUAGUUAAGGGUUACCUUCAAAGAAUUACACUCACAUAAAGUUAAAUCUUGCCAUUUGCAAGAUAAUUAGAUUGAUAAUUUUUCAAAAACAUCAAAUGAGUGUACCAGGAGGACCAAAAAUUUCAUUUGUUUUUAUAUGAAUUCUUAGUUGUUUAACCCUAUAUAUUUAUUUAAUCAUUGUGCAUAUUAUUUAGAUGACUAUCCAUUUAAGACUCAACUAGAUAACAUUCUUCGUGCAAUUUUUGUCGCAGCUUCACUUCAAUAUUGUCUUCACUAUUUAACCCUUCGUGUGAAUAUGUUGUAUAGGUGUAAUGUAGAAGGUUACAUAAUAUUUUGAAUUCAACCAUAUUUCAGAGGAUCGUCAUUGCAAGCUAAAGUAACCUGGAAAACUUGGCGAGCAAAAUUUCAGUUCCAAUUUCAUAUUUAGAUUUUCAUGUAAACCUAAUACUCUCAAAUCUAGUCAGUUAACCGUAUGGACAUCUAAUAUUAAAAUAAUGACAAAACUCAACAUCUCAAUUUCAUAUUAUUAUGUAAAAUUUGAGACGUCAGAAUGUUAUACUUUCUACUAGAUUAUUGUAUAAAUAUUAGAUGUAGAAUAAACAUGUUUUUUUCUUA